GAGGAACAGCUCGGUAAAGCUGAACGGCAGCAGGAAAGAGAGGAGGUGGGGGACAGCGGCCUCUGUUAAACGGCAGAAACCAGCAGAGGAGGAAAAGGAGGAGGAAGUGAAGGAUGAGGUGGAGGAAAAUGGCUUUGACCUGCCCAACAACACGGAGCACACACAGGAGAGACUGCUGCAGAGAACCUACUCGAACAAGAACAAACGGUUUAAAAGUGUCUUCAAUCAGACGACGAGGUCAGUGACAGAGACCAAAGUUCCUGAUGUGAACUCUACAGACAAGCGGAGCAUCUCCAAGGACCGCCUCAGUGAGUGUGACAGUGAGAGUGACAUCGACGACAAGGCGUCUGAUGUGGGAUCGGAGAACUUCUUUUCCCCGACUGCACCUAAAGCUGUGACGUCGAAUGAGAGUUUCGAAACAAAGAUCUGCAGCUCGCCUAAAAUCUCUGGCCUCCAGCGCAGCCAGGAACAGAGCACCGUUGUUUCUUUUGCCCCGCCCACAUCCAGUCCCGCCCCUACGGGCAGCCCUAUCCCUGCUGCCACGGCAACAUCCAAAUCUCCUCCUCCGAUCACCAUUAAGAAGGAAUCCACGCCGACUUCUAACCCUGACUCCGCCCCUCACUUUAUAAGAAACCAGUCAGAUCUACAGGAUCACAAAGUCACGCCUCUGAGCCACCACAGCCAACCAAUCAUCAGUCACCACCAUCCGCCGGCCACCAAUCAUCUGACGUACGGUCUCCACGACAUCAGCAACAGCCCCUUGUCACUGUCCCCCAAACACCCUCUCCCUCCUUCCCCUGCUCCCCCCCUCCCUCUCUCUAUCGCAGCACUGUCAUCUCCUCAUUACCCCCUGCGCUCCUCCUCUCAUUUAUCUCCCUUAUCACGCCAUCCGGCCAUGUUUGCCCCCCCAGCUGCCCUCCCCCCUCCUCCUGCUUUACCCACCAACAGUCUGGUGGUCCCUGGACACCCGGCCGCCACACCCUACCCAGAGCAUCAUGACCUCCUCCGGCAAGAGCUGAACAACCGCUUCCUGGUUCAGAGUUCCGAGCGUGGUCGGGGGUCGGCGCCAGGGGCGACCGGCUCGCCGUUGUCUCAAAUGUCACUCCUGAGGGCGGAGUUUCACCAACACCAGCACAUGCACCAGCAUCAGCACACGCAUCAGCACACCUUCACGCCUUUUCCCGCCAUCAUUGGGCCGCCCACUGCACCGCCCAUGGUGCGUACCGCAGCCAGAAAUUUUGACAAGUACGCUCCGAAGCUGGACAAUCCUUUCCUGAGGCAGUCGAGUUUUUUCUCCUCGUAUCCUCCAGCGAUGCCAGGAAUGCCUCCUCUCCUCCCUCACCCCGGCCCCUUCAGCUCCCUGCAAGGAGCCUUUCAACCAAAGGCCUCAAAUCCCAUUGAUGUAGCAGCGAGACCAGGAGCAGUUCCUCACACUCUUUUACAAAAAGAUCCACGGCUAACCGACCCAUUCCGGACCUCAGUGAGAAAGCCGGGGAAAUGGUGUGCGGUUCACGUACAGAUCGCCUGGCAGAUCUACCACCAUCAACAGAAGAUGAAGCAGAUGCAGAUGGAUCCUCAUAAACUGGAUAUAACUGGUAAACUGGAUUUGUUCAGCAGACCUCCGGCUCCGGGCGUGUUCCCCGGGUUUCCUUAUCCUCACGACCUCGCCAGACCUCUGUUCCCAUCUACAGGAUCCGGGCAUCAUCCAGCCACUUCACCUUAUGGCCACGCCCCUCAUCACAGCAGCUUCCUGCCUCCCGCCCAUUUGGCAGGUAAGCAUGCUUUCAGUCGCUCCAGUUCCUUUGGAAACCUCAGCAACCUUUCAGCUAACGCCUUCGGGGGGCUAGGAAACCCCACCCUCGGCUCAAACAGUGUGUUUGGACCUAAAGACGCCCCUGCACUUCCCGGGUUCAGCAGUCCGAGUCAGGACUCAUGGAACCGACUACACAGAACGCCUCCCUCCUUCCCUCAGUGGCCCAAAGUGAACGAAGGAGAGAGAAGCAGCUCAGCUAACAGCCAUGAACGGGAGAAAGAGAGGGAGAGAGAGAGAGAGAAACGGGACUCGUCUAUCGGGAAGGAUGAGAAAGACAAAGACAGGGACAGUCGCCACUCCAAUCGUUCCUCUCCUGCCUCUGCUCCUGUCAGUUAUCAGAUCAGUAACCUGAUCCGCUGCAGCAGCGGUGGAGGAAGUGAUGUAGGCCGUAACCAUGGUGAUCGUCCCCGCAGCGACCCUGAGAGGGAGGUGGCGGUGUUGUCCGAGGCGAGGGCGAAGGAUCGGAGUCGUUCACCAACAAAAGAGUGCAGUGAGCGCAGCGCCUCGUCUUCCUCUGUCGACUCAUGCAAGCCCGUCCUCCGCUCGCCGUCUCCAUUCUCCAAGAACAAAGCUGAGCCGCUGGGGAUUGUGAUGUCUGACAGGAAGCUGUCUUCACCGGGAGCACCGAUGCACAAGCUCAAAAACGACACAACCAAGAUCAAAGAGGAGCGCAAGGAACAGGACCAGGAACAGGAAGUGCUUGUGCUGGGGUCCGAGCCUCCGCCACCUCGAAAUCCCAAUCAAAACCAGGCUCCGCCUCUUCCUCCUCAUCACCAGGCUUCGCCCCCGACAAUCCCGCACUCUCUGCCGUUUGUGCACCAGAUGGGUGGGCUGAACGUGCUCGACCGUGCUCGGCUAGCUCCCUUUGUGGGCGUGGGUCACUUUGCAGCAACAGCGAAUCGUGACCGUUUUCCUCAUCCUGCCUUCUCGUGGGAUCCUUUUCGUGAGGCGUAUCGGAAUCUGGACCUGCAGCGGAGAAUGGACUUCCAAAUCCGCUCUGAGGCAGGGAACCGCUUCCCAGGGAUCUACGAGGCGGAUCGGAAUUACCGGGAGCGAGAACCCCAUGAGUACUCGCACCAGGACCACCUGAUGGAAGUGCGCAGGGAGCAGGAGAGGAUCAGGCAGCAGGCAGAGGAACGAGAGCGACUGCACUUACGUGAUGAAUUGGAACGUGCCCGACUUCACCAACUCCAUCAGUCUCCAAUGGAGGGGCACUUACCUCAUAUGCCCCCUUUUCUGCCUCAUCUAGGGGCAAUGCCGUACCGUCCGCCCCCAACUGCAGCACUCAGUGCCCCCCCACCUCUCGUCCCCUCCGUCAGGCCCAAUUCUCCGAGACGGACUACGCAAGACACGCGGGAAUUUUCCCCGUCACGUAAUCCUAAAGAGGUGGAGGCGCGAUAACGCGGCAGAGAGACUCGGGUUCACGUGCACUUAUUAUGUAUCAUUUGUACAAAAGAAUGAAUUUGUACCUCGGAUUUAAAGCACACGGUUCCGCUUGUAUUUUAUAUGGACGAGGACGAGGGCGAGGACUAAAGCGGGGACGAAUAACGAGGAGUUUGAUAUUAACAUUAAUAUAUUAAUCCAACGGCCUUUUUCUCUUUCUUUUGCGCCUUAUGAAGUGAAGAUGAGUUUGAACUUCUUUUCUUAUUUGCUUUUGUGCACUUCUGUGUACAGACCCUGUUCUUUUUUUACGGAUUAUCGUUGGAUCUGGCGUCGUCCCGUGCUUAACCCGCUGGUUGCUCUACAUGUUGUGGACGAUGUUCCUGAUGGAGAACAGGAGCAGGAACGGUACCGAGGAAGGUGCUGGACGAUAUUACAUACGCAGUUCUCUCUGUUUUUGCCUGUUUUGCUUUGCAGACGAAUAUGUAUUACGAUAUUCCCAUCGGUUUCUGUAAGUUAUUGUACAGAUCUUGUUGAUAUUAACUUCAAACAAAAGUUGGCAUUGUAAAUUUAUUAGACUUUUUAAAUGUUUCUAAAAAAAGGAAACAAAUCUGUCCAAUCAGAGGGCGGGGAGGCGUGGUCACGGGGCGAGCUGCCAUCUAUGCAAAGAGGAACCGGAAGGCUCUGAUUGGACGAUUUCUGAAACAGAGUAUUAAAGUGCGGUCUUUAGGAGGAAGGCAGAUGUCGGAGGAAGAGCGUUGCGUGUUCUCUCUGAUGAAGAGCCAAACAAAACAAAUCUACAAACCUUCUCGGUCGAACUUUACCAACUUUUCCAGACGAACUUUCAUGGCCGAAGCGAGCGGCGCCGAGCUGAUGGACCGUCUCUGUCGACCUUGUGGUGUUGUGCAGUUGUUCUUUUCUUAGAAUCUUGUAUACAGAACAAGUAGAGUUUUAGGCGUGAAAAUAAAAAAAAUUGAACAUUCAUGGUUUAAAAAUGUACGGAAUAAAGGUUGGACCUUAUAUCUGCA